CUAAAACAAUAACCUGGAUGGGAGUAGUGGUAAAGCAAAAAAAGCAAAUUGAAUAUUGCCUUUAUGUAUAAAAUUCCAGUUCUCCCAACUGUUUAAUUUAUAAACUCCAAAGUAAAGACUUCCCAUCCCCGUCCUGCUUGAGUCACACAUGACGGGCUAAUGAGCAUCAAAUCUCUGGUCGGAGCUGUAACUUCAUUCCCUGAUGAAUGAAAGUGAAAUUAAUUUCCCUGCUUCUGGAUCCCGGCUGUGCAAUGAGGGUAUGGUCUUUUAAGGAUGUGUGCGUGUCUGAGUGACUACGUACACAGCGAUAACCCUAACUGUAUCCUCAGUCCAACAGUGAGAGCUCUGCAGAUGCUGAUGCUGCUGCUCCGCAUUCUGGCACACAGCUCAACCUCGGGAAAGGCACCACAUCAGGUAAGACCGGCUGUCUCAUCUGCAGAGUGGGAUUUAAAAAAAAAGGCUUCGACAGUGCCAUAAGGUAGUGUGAAGGUUAUUGAUCUGACCGGACAGACGCCAAUCGCUAUGGAGCUGCACCUGUUCGCCACGGCCUGUCUCUUCUUUGGCAGGAUCAUGAUAACGCAUCAAACUACUCACAUGAACUCAUUGUAUACGUUUCUGUUCGCUCCUCGCGGGCCUCAGAUGUUUCCGUGUCUAACUUACCUGGAGCGAAACGUCAGGGUGGACUGUGAGUUUCCACCCACCUACCAGGUCCCCGGCCCCUACUGUGAGUACCGGCAGGACAGCCGCCUGGUGGGCAGCACCUACCCCAACGCCGUCGUCUAUGUGUCCACAGAGGACCGCAGGAAAAGCAAUGUCAGCCUGGUCAGUCCUAAUCUGUGCCGCCUCACCUGGGCCCCGCUGGCUGAUGAGAAGCCUUUCACCUACACCUGCAGGGUUUACCAGGGCAGCAGCUGGAAGGAGAACAGCAUGGCCGUCCAUCACAGGAUUCUUCCAAUCUGCUCUGCAAUCAGUGUAAUGUUCAAAUCGGCGCCAUGGUUUUUGUCACUGAUGAUGUCACUUCCAGUGGCUGUGGGUCUUCUGAGUCCAUGAACUCUGACUUUCACAGGGUAAUGACUCAAUGGACCUUUCUUACAUCAUCUGUGACUCACUCUGGUUUUUUAGUUGGUGGUUGACUCUAUGUGGGAUGCUUUUAUUUUAAAUUAUUUUAUUUAGGCAGAGAGAGAAAGCCAAAAGCCAUGAAAUAAAUUAGAAACGAAAUCAACCUUUCAUUGAGCAUUGGGCUAUUCUUUAAAAAUGUACAUUUGAGGUGUGAAAGUAAGAUUUUAUAUAAUAGACCUCAUUCUCACCACUGUACCUUGAACACUAUAGUUUCACAAUGCUGAAACUGUCGCAAAUCUCUUGGUUGAUCAGGUCCCCCUUGUAAAUAAGAUUAAUUGGGACAUACAGUAUAUCUAAACUCAUAUUGUUAAUGGCCAAAUAAAAUAUAGUUUUAUUUUGUAUUUUUUUGUUAAAGAAAAACAGAUGCUUUCUAUAGAUUUAUAUUGCAUCUUAUUACUGUUCUAAACACAAAUGGGUUUGAUUAUAUACACUGACAUUAAAAGUGGAGAUCUUCCCUCAAACACUUAAAGAGUAGAGAGCCUUUUGAUUGGAGUUAUAUUAAGGAGUGUCUGUCAGUUCACAUGCUUAUUUUUAUUUGGAUUACAUUACAUAAACAGUCUCACCAGUUUGCUGAACUAUAGACAAAGUAGGCAGGUAUUCUGAUGGCUGACAUGGCUAUUGAGUAUUAGUAAUACAUAACUGCUCAAACACUGCCUUUUCAGCUAGCAAUGCUAAUCUCUGUUACCUUCAGUACCUUUAAAUAGAACUAACCUGGACCCCUGUGUCAGGUUCACCAUGGUUAUAGCAAAGCUGCUCAAGUACAGUCUCUUUUCUACUCCUCUUGGAGAGCAAUAAUACUUGAUUGGGAUGGCCUUUGGGAAAAGGCUCUAAUUUCAGUACACUAUGUUUCACUGGGCUUUGAUGGUAAUCUGCCCUUACAGCCUAAAAAGACAUUCAGAUGUGUGACUGUUGUAGCUGCUAGUUUGACAAGUGUAACGUUUUGCACAUUUAUUGUUUAAAUUAGACAUCGCUCUUCUCCUGUACAAGUAUGUGUUCAUGUACACAGUAUAUGUGUAGUAACGAAAGAAUAGUGUAGCUUUAUGUUUUUUUCAAAGAUGUUUCCAUUUUAAUAUUUUCUUUUUACAGUGUAUGUACAUGCCUUCCACAUUGUAAACACACACAUUUAGGGCCUCUAUGCUUCUUAUUUAAUUUGAACAAAAUUAAAUAAAAAAAUUUAAACUAUAAUAACAAAUAAAAGUUAUGCACAAUACAAGUUUUCUGUUUUCUCUGCACAAGUCACUUUUUCUAUAGAAUAGCCGACACUAAUACUUCUUAGUUUUUGCUCAAGAAAAUCAAAAUACAUAUAUCCUUCAAGACCCUAAAAACAAUGGCCUAAUCAGCUUAAGAAAUGGCCUGAAUCAAAAGUUAAAAGUCAAUGCAGGUCGUCUAAAGGUCUGAUUUAUAUCAAGCAUGCCUCACGUAUACAUCUCCCUCUGACACUAGAUGUCAUCAAAGCAUGUAGUUGCUUUGUCAGUUUUGUAGUGGCGCUUCCACUUUUUGUCCUAAAGAGGGAACUCUUGUUUAGCACUACCAUUUGACAGCCCCAUAAACACACAGUAUGUUCAUGGUAUUGAGGCCCCAUGUAUCAGGAUCAUAGAUUGUUAAUACGGUAUUUACAGUCAAUGAUCAGAAUGUACUGGUCUUUUUGAAAAGAAAAAAAAAACAGGUGUUUGCUGCCUCCUUGUUAUGAUUUGCUGGUACAUUAAAGCUGAACAAAGCCAUCAUUAGGUACUUGCACUGACUAUUUACAUUUUAUAUUUGAUACAUCUGCCAACCACUACCUUUCGGAGGGGAAAGUUAUACUUUUUUCAAUAUACUUUUCACUUGACACAGGUCUAGAGAGUUACUUUGCAAAUAAGUCAAUUUAUAAGAUAUGGUGCACUGUCAUUGAUUAAUCUGUCCAGCAUUAUAAAAUAAGCUCACAUAAAUACAUCUGUAAUAAUAUCCAUUAUUAUAAAUGAUAAAUAUAUCAUUCUAAGCAGAAAUCCAGAUAAGUUGAGGAAAACUCAUCCUGUUUAGCUGUAGCCCCCAAGCAGCACAAUGUUUGGUGUUUGCCGAAAAAACACAGUGUCACUCUCUGUCUUUCUCAUGUGCUUUCUCAUAAAAAGAGGCCGAUUUUCAUGUCAGUUUAAAGAACUAUAAUCAUGGUGUAAAUGUCUACCUUUAAUGUAGGGUUCACAUGUUUGGUGACUCAGCAUGCAUGCAAAGGGAAAUACUAAGGACUAAGAGUCACAUUUUAGUUAUUUUCUAAUUGCAAUUUUUCAUACAAGAGUGCAGCUAAAGUGUGUAAAAAGGCAGGAGUUGAAUAAAUAGGGUCCUUUAGAGGGAAGAGGCAUCACAUUUAAUUAUUUUGGGCAAUAUCAAAACUGUGCUGCAUAAACAAAACCGUGUCACUGAGGGUAAAGAGAUAUAAAAGAAUAGCAUAAAGCAGCUGCAGCUGAUGUCACUUCCUGUCAUAAUAAGCAUAGAGCAGAUCAGAGAAACCAGUGGAAAUAUUUUCUGCAUGGAAAUUACAUACAAAUUACAAUAAAAUAAAAAUACAGUGCUUGGCUUCCUGUGCUUAUAAAUAACCUUCGACUAGACUUCACCACAGUCAGCACUAGAAAAACAAGCCGUGCUCUUCUUGUAAUUUGUACAAACAAAAGAAUAUUCGUGUGAACUAAUAACGCAGAUCACUUAAAGGGGUUCUCUACCUUUUUUUAAAUAAUGUCUUAUGGGGCUCUGGAGGGAGCUUUAUAAUGUCUAAGAAAAUAACCCUGAUGAUGUCAUCAAGGUUAUCUCAGAUUGAUUUGAGAUUCAAAUUUUUCAAUAAAAAGCCAGCUUUACUAAAUGAAGUGUGGUCUGAUAAAAAGGAUCAGUUGGUUGCAUUAUAGGAAGUGUGGGAUCUGAACCAAUUGGUUGUUUUGACCCAGUGCUAGUGUUAUUUUACAUAUUACUGUUGGGUUAUUUAUCCAUACUAAAACAUGAUUAGUAUCCACCUAAACACUUUCUCAACUGUAUUCCUAGUUGUACAAAACAAUUUGCAUAUGAUAUAUGCAAAGGAUAUACAUAUAAUCAACAAUCAGUAACAAAAAGUGACAUGUAAGUUAGUGUGAAAGGGCUACAGAUUAUAACAGUUCACGACCAUACUAUAUUUUAGUUUGGGUUAAUAACCCAACAGUAAUAGAAGAAAAAGCACUAACACAGUAUUCUUUUGUUGCUAAUUUGACCUAGUUAUUUAAAUCAGUGUCUUAUAAUUCCUCUAACUUUAUAAACAUGUUAUAUUAAAUGGCUGGAGUAAGUUAUCUUCUCCCUCUCAAAAACACUUCUACUGCAUGAACACCAAACAAAACAUACUGCAGGAGCAUUUAAUUGGAGCCGUUUAUGAAAUUGCAAGCACCCAUGAUUCACCCGGAUUCAGCCAGAGCUGUUUGCAAACAUACGACUAACCUGAUUUCCUCCGUUUCCUGUUCAAGAAAAAUGUGAUAGGGACUAGAUCAGCUGCUGCCAGGUUAAUGUCAUCAUGAAUUAAUCAUUAUCCCGGCCUCCCUCUGAGAGAUACAGAGAUGCAUUGCAGGUCUGACGCUGGGUGUGCAUGUGCAUAUUGUGUUUUAUAUUAACAAAGCUCCAAUGGCCCAGACCACCUAAUUUCCUGGCACUGUGCCUGGGCCACACAGAUAAAUUAGCCCAGCCACAGCUCGCUGUGGGGGCCCCUCCAGGCCAUACAAACAAGGCAGGAAUAAUCUCCAUCAGCUCUGAGCAUUAAACAUGCAUUCAUCUUCCGCUCCGUGCAGAUGUUAAUUGAGGUUCUGCUGCUUUUUCUAUGAGUCAAUUAGGAGCAUCAACCAGAAGUGGGAGCACAGGAGGACACCUUUAAACCACUUUAAACCACGAAUCAUCUGUGUCAUGAGGUUAUGACGGUGGAACAAAUCUUUUUUAUUUUUUUACGUGUUGCUGCAGAAUAAUUAUUCAGAAUCACAAAGACAAAUGUUUGUAGUUUGUUAAAUAAGUAUUAGUGAUAAACGUGAUAUGCACAAUGGCACAUAAACAGCAUAUUAUGUUAUUAUGUUUAGGCUAAUAAUAAAUACAACUUGCUGAAUAAAUACAACUCUGGAAGAAAACACUGAGUGAACAGAGGGCAGCAAAAAGUUGAAGGGAAUAUUCUAAAUGAAAUUAGAUUGAGACCAUUCUCAUGUGACCCCAAUGGGUAUUCACUGAAUCCUUUCAUCAACAACAAAACAGAAAAACGUCUGCACUUUGUCAGUUGUGGGACGUAAACUAUAGUGUAGCCUACGGCGUAGUGCCAUUUUUUUUUUUUUAUCUGCUUCAAGUGAAGAAAAACUACGGUGGCUGUAGACGUUUGCUUUGCUAUUUGAAAACCGCAGUUCUGAUCAGAAUGUCCAUUGAAGAUUCUAUCUGACAAAUCAGCUCAUUUGUUGACAUUUCCGAAUGCCUUCCUACAGUUGCUUAAUAAAAGCGGGCUUUCCACACAAACAAACGUACAUGUGUCAGUAGUAUGAGAAAAAAACGAGAUUUUAACAGUGGCUGGGGUCGGGCUCGGACAUAAAUAUCAUAAUGCCUGUCGGGCUCGGGCCGGGUUUGGUUACUGCUCUGUCAGACGCGGGCUGGCCUCGGACAGAAAAAUGCAGCCCGAUCUGCACUCUACUAUCCACAACUUUUGCUAUUAGAAAACCAAAAAGACCAUGCAGUGGAAAAAUGGCUUUAGACAGCAUGUUUUGUAGCCAUUGAGGCUGACAAGACGUGCCCCAGUCAGACAAAUAAAUGGCAGCGGGUGUCCCUUUAACACCACUCAGCCACCCAGCUACUACUAAUACACUUUAUUGACCAGUCAGGCAGGAGAGGUGACCCGAGGGCUCUGGAAACAACAACCACUUAAGGGUUUGGGCUUUGUGAUCUGCUUCCCUGCUGUUGAAUGGCUCUCAUUGUGUGAUUAAUUGUGUGUGAUGCAGGCUGUGUGUGUUAAACUGGGAAUAUGUUGGGGGAAUAGAGUGAUGGAAGAACAGUAGACUGGUACAGUCUAUGGGAAGAACAGAGCAAGCGCCUUUGAAGAUGACAGUGACAUGAAGGCAUGUUUCCUUAUGAUAGCAAGGCCUGUGAUAUGUGCUGCUGUGUGUAUUGAGAAAAUCUUAAAUUGACAAAAAAAGUGUCUAAAUGAUUAUGAUCUUUUUUAAUUUAGUCUUCUAUUAAAAUGAUUAACAAAGUUGGAGAGACUAAACAUUGCCUCAUAUUGUAGCUGUAAUGUGGCCUCAUUUCAUACAGGAAACAAACCUGUUAUCUCUGACAUCAAGUUUGGCACAUUUGACAGAAACCAAAGUGUGGAUAGAUGUUUAGACUAUAAUGACCUGCUUUCUGCCCAGUAAAUUUGUUUUUAUCAAAA